CAGGAUACAGCUAUUUCUCCACAACAGCGGGAUGACGUUAUCCAGUGGUUGGCCAAGUUGAGACACCAGUUCCAGGUUUACCCAGAAACGCUCGCUCUGGCCAUAAGUAUUUUGGACCGAUUCUUGGCCUCAGUCAAGGCUCAUCCAAAAUACUUGAGGUGCAUUGCAAUCAGCUGCUUCUUUCUUGCUACUAAAACCAUUGAAGAGGAUGAGCGGAUUCCUGUUCUAAAGGUUUUGACACAGGAAAGUGACUGCGGCUGCUCUCCAGCUGAAGUCCUCCGAAUGGAGAGGAUUAUUCUGGACAAACUGAACUGGGACCUUCACACGGCAACACCUUUGGAUUUCAUGCAAAUUUUCCAUGCCAUAGCACUGACCAGCAGCCCUGAGAUGUUAGACAGGAUGCCAGAGAUGAAUCCGUCGCAGCAUUUUGGCACUGCUCACCCGCCAGCUUCUUCAGUGCAUUGCUUCUCACCAGCUCCUGAAAUUCAAGGGUUCCAUGUUGGCAUUGGCUGUCCUCAGCUUAGAUAUGGAAAGACAACUUCCUGACUGGCUGGGGCUUACCAUCAAAACUGCUUCAGACUGCACAGAUGGAUAGCUCCCAGCUGUUUCGCUGUCGGGAAGAGGCAGCGCGGCACCUUUCUCCUCUGCAGGCUUCCUUGCCUCCCAAUGCUGUAUAUGUCUACAGCCCCUCCAAGAGGACGCUGGUGAACUGCAACAGAGGAGAGUACCAAUUCCGUCCCUCCCCUGUCCCAGGGCCAGCAGUCCACAAACAGGGUAAAAGCACACCAGGAGCUCUUAUGAAGGGAGCAACUUUCUUCUACCAGCGGCUAGUAGCCCCGGCUGCCUGCAAGCAGGCGUCCACCAAGCGAAAAGUGGAGCAGAUGGAAGUUGAUGAUUUCUAUGAUGGGAUCAAGAGGCUAUACAAUGAAGAUAGCACUACGGAGGUUGGGAGCAUGGAGAUUGCUGCAUGCAAUAGUGGCCUGUCUAGACAGGAGGGCAGCAUAUCCCCAUGUCCCCAGUUACAAGCAGUGUCUGUCAUGUGA